CUAUUACUAUUUUAAAUAUAUAAAUGAUACAUUAUGCCCCUCGCGACCAACCACAAUUCCCUCCUAUAAAACCAGGCUUCGAUCAAUUAACCUUUUGGCUAUCACACCUCGCUCUCUCUCGUUCCAACUUACACAAACAUUAUAAUGGCCAUCCUAUCAAUACUGUCGUCGUACCAAAGUCGUUUGCCAACAAUAUUGGUCAUAUCUGCUCAUAAAGAUAUCCAAUACCAACCCAUUAACACUAAAUAUACUCAAGUUUCUACCACUAGUGAUCUUAGAAACAGCACACGGAAAAUUACUAGUACUACUUCAGACCAGCUGAUUAAACACGACUCCUCUAAUAAACCUUACGAGUCCUUCUUCUGCAACCACAUCAACUAUAUUAAUAUUGCAGAGGAAAAACAGGAUGCAAAACAUGAAAGGUUGGUGAAACAAGUGAGGAGAUUGAUGGCCAAAUUAGUUAAUGAUGACGACACCUUUGAGGAUUUGAUUUUGGUUGAUGCUCUCCAAAGACUUGCAAUUGAUUACCACUUUGAGGAUAUCAUCAACAUAAUAUUGAUAAAACGUUACCGGCAAUUUAAUAACACAGAAAUUUUUGUACAUCACAAUCUGUAUGAAGUCUCUCUUACUUUUCGGAUGUUACGACAGAAUGGUUUUCAUGUGUCUGCAGAUCCAUUUAUGAAAUUCAAAGGAAAUGAUGGUAACUUUGAGGACAAAUGGAAUAAGGACAUUGUUGGAUUAAUGGCAUUACAUGAAGCUUCACAUUUACGAAUAAAAGGUGAAAUGAUACUCGAUGAAGCUGAACGUUAUAGCUACCGGCUUUUGAAUGACUUGAUGAAUUAUGUUGAUGCUGACCAAGCUGAAAUGAUCAGAAAUACACUUGAGAAUCCAUAUCAUAAAACCAUGCCAUUGUUUGAUAUAAAGAAAUGUAUCAAGUAUUUUGAUGGCACAAUCUUGCAAGAAUUAGCAGAACUGAAUUUCAGUAUGAUGCAGAGUAUACGGCAAAAGGAAUUAGACCAGAUCUCAAGGUGGUGGAAGGACCUGGGUCUUGGUCAAGAGUUAACUCGUGCGAGGGACCAACCUUUAAAGUGGUACCUUUGGUCUAUGGCUGCCCUAACUGAUCCUACCCUUUCACAGCAGAGGAUUCUUCUCACGAAAACGAUCUCACUCAUAUAUAUCAUGGAUGACAUUUUUGAUGUUUAUGGCACUAUUGAAGAACUAACUAUAUUCACAGAAGCCAUCAACAGAUGGGACAUCAAAGCUAAUGAACAACUUCCCUACUACAUGAAGUCAACUUUCAAGGCUGUUUUCGACAUUACAAAUGAAAUCGCAAACAAAGUUCACGAGCAACAUGGGUUUAAUCCCAUUAGCUUCUUGCAGAACUCGUGGGCGACACUAUGCAAUGCAUUCCUAGUGGAAGCAAAAUGGUUUGCUUCAGGGCACAUUCUAAACGCAAAAGAAUACUUGGAAAAUGGGAUUGUUACUUCCGGAGUAGAAGUUGUGCUCGUUCACUGCUUUUUCCUGCUUGGUGAUGGUAAAACCCGGGAACAAGCAGGCCUUAUUAACGACAACCGUGACAUUAUAUCAUCAGUCGCAACAAUCCUGCGGCUGUGGGAUGAUUUGGGAAGUGCACAAGAUGAGAGUCAAGAUGGAAAUGAUGGAUCAUAUAUCAUGUAUAUUCAGAAUGAACAUGAAGGUUGUUCCGUCGACGUUGCACGUGAGCAUGUCAUGAACUUGAUUUCGGAUACAUGGAAACGUCUUAACAAAGAGUGUCUUUCUUCCAAUCCAUUUUCAGCCACUUUUAUAACGGCGGCCAAUAAUAUAGCAAGAAUGGUGCCUUUGAUGUAUAGUUAUGGUGACAAUGGCUCACUUCCUCUACUUGAUGAUAAUAUCAAGUUUAUGCUAUAGGAUAGUAGUGAUUCGGGUUGUCCUGUAAAUUCAUUUUCCUAUAGGAUUGACAUUUAGUUUGUGAUCAGAAAUACAAACAUAUAUUUCACCA